AUGCCAGGACUUCAGGAUGGCAGUUCAGUGGUGGAUCAGAUGACAAGACUCAGACUCAAACUACUGGAGAAGAGACUGGAAACAGAGAAACACAAUAUGGACGACAGAGCUGAAUCUGCCCACUCUGCAAGGAGUUAUGAUGGGCAUCUGGAUGCACUGCAGGGUGCACUUAGGCGAAAACAGGGCCUGCUGCAAAGACUGAGGGAGCAGCAUUUGUUAGAAGACCUUAACAGACCUCACACCUGGGGAGGCUCACCACGACAGUACCAGUCACAUGUCUUCACUGGUCCCCAGCCACCUCCACCACUCUCCUCCAUGGUACCCACUCACAUCCUCCACCCAGCUUCAGUUUUCCCCUACCUGCCACCUCCCCAACCGGCCGUGCCUCCGCGGAUCAUUCAACAGACUCUCCCCCAGCAGCCUGCCACCAUCAUACAACAGCUACCACAACAACAUCCUCUGAUUACUCAGAUUCCUCCAUCUCAGCCGUACCCUGCAGCACGAUCAGGCAGCAUCAAAGAAGACAUGGUGGAGCUGAUGUUGAUGCAAAAUGCCCAGAUGCAUCAGAUUAUGAUGCACAACAUGAUGCUGAAAGCUAUACCACCUAUGGCCCUGUUUCCAACCAGGGGGCCCAGUCUACAUGCUCCCCAUGUUCAGCAGGACAGUUACCAAGGAAACCCUAUUCUUUUAAGGCCAGAUCUCAGACCAAGGGGAGGUGCUGUCCAUCAUCAUCAUCACUAUGGAACUACACCUGUGGCAACACAGCUGCCUCCUAUCAACUACCCAACCUUGUCAUCUGUCCCAGCAGGACAAACAGGCUGUCACCCAUCCUCUUUACAUCACAUGACAACAUGUAAGGUCCCCUAA